AUGCUCGGUAACGGAAACGGAACACUUCAGAGUCAAAUCACAUAUGGCACUGGCCAGAAUUCACAUUCUGUGACAACUGGUGAUUUCAAUGGUGAUAACAGAACUGACUUAGUUGUUGCAAAUUACGAUAAUAACACCGUCAGUAUAUUGCUUGGCAAUGGCAAUGGAACAUUUCAGCGUCAAAUCACAUAUGGGACUGGCCACCAUCCAUAUUCUGUGACAGCGGCUGAUUUCAAUGGUGAUCACAGAACUGAUUUAGCUGUAGCCAAUUACGGUGAUAACACCGUCAGUAUAUUGCUUGGCAAUGGCAAUGGAACAUUUCAGCGUCAAAUCACAUAUGUUACUCGCAAGCAUCCACAUUCUGUGACAACUGGUGAUUUCAAUGGUGAUAACAGAACUGACUUAGUUGUUGCAAAUUACGGUAAUAACACCGUCAGUAUAAUGCUCGGUAACGGAAACGGAACACUUCAGAGUCAAAUCACCUAUGGCACUGGCAAGUAUCCACGUUCUGUGACAACUGGUGAUUUCAAUAGUGAUCAUAGAACUGAUUUAGCUGUAGCUAAUAGCGGUGAUAACACAGUCAGUAUAAUGCUCGGUAAGGACAAUGGAACAUUUCAAAGUGAAGUGAAAUAUACUACUGGUAAAUCUCCAACAUCUGUGACAACCGCUGAUUUCAAUGGUGAUAACAGAACUGAUGUAGCUGUUACAAAUGCCGAUGGUGACACCGUUAGUAUACUGCUCAACAACGGAAACGGAAUUUUUCAGAGUCAAAUCACAUAUAACACUGGGCGUACGCCAGUUUAUGUAACGACCGGUGAUUUCAAUCAUGAUAACAAAACUGAUUUAGCUGUUACAAAUGCCGACGGGCACACCGUUAGUGUAUUUCUCAGUAACCGUAACGGAAUACUUGAAGAAGCGAUUAAUUACAGCACUGGAAAUACGCCCUAUUGUGUGGCAACAGGUGAUUUCAAUGGUGAUCAUAGAACUGAUUUAGUUGUAGCCAAUUACGGUGAUAACACAAUCACUAUAUUGCUUGGCAAUGGCAAUGGAACUUUCAAAACUCAGAUUAAAUAUGCCACUCAGAAAUCUCCAAAAUCUGUGACAAUAAGUGACUUCAACGACGAUAACAGAACUGAUUUAGCUGUUGCAAAUUCCGGUGAUGACACCGUCAGUAUACUGCUUGGGAACGGGAACGGAACAUUUCAAAGUCAAAAAGCAUAUGGCACUGGAAGCGCUCCAUAUUCUGUGACAGCGGCUGAUUUCAAUGGUGAUCACAGAACGGAUUUAGCUGUUACAAAUUUCGGUGAUGACACCGUUGGUAUAUUGCUUGGCAAUGGCAAUGGAACUUUUCAAACUCAAAUCACAUAUGGUAGUGGGCUUUUUCCAUUCUUCGUCACAACAGGUGAUUUCAAUGAUGACAACAGAACUGAUUUAGUUGUUACAAAUUUCGGUGACAGCACGGUCGGCAUUUUGCUUGCCAACGGUAACGGCACUUUUCAACGUCAAAUUCCUUAUGGUACAGGAAAAUCUCCAAUUUCUGUGACAACAGAUGAUUUCAAUGGGGAUCAUAGAACCGAUUUAGCUAUUGCCAAUUCCGGUGAUGAUACCGUCAGCAUAUUGCUCGGAAAAGGUCACGGAACGUUUCGAGCUCCGGUCAUAUAUAAUACUGGGCGUGGUCCAUAUUCUGUGACAACAGGUGAUUUUAAUAGUGAUAAGAGUGCUGAUGUAGCUGUUGCAAAUUACCAUGAUGCCGCCGUCAUGAUAUUUCUUGGUGCGUGUGUCUGA